ACCAGGCUCGAAGCCCCUGCAGUGAGGAAACCUACUGCACACUUGGGCACAGUCUCCAUCCAUCUGGGCAUCUGUUUAUGUCUGUGUCCACUGAGCCACGUUUCUACCACCAUGGACGCUCUCAUCCAGCCUCCUGAAGUUCUGCUGCUGCUGCUCUCGACAUUGCUACUUCCAGCUUUGGAGGCACAGAGAUUAGAAGUCCAGCCCAAGGUCACAGGCUACACCAACGAUGAUGUCACUCUCCACUGCCGAUUCAUUCCAGGAGCCGAAGAGUCCAAGGUCGAUAUAGUACAAUGGAACUUGGUGUCCACAGAAAGCAAAGCCCAAGAACCAAUUGUUGUUUUUGACAUCCACCUUGGAACGGAUGUAAAAGAGACUCAUCUCAAAGGAAGAGUGAACAUUUCAGGAGAGUCUGAUUUGAUCAUUCACAACGUGCAAAUGUCGGAUGCUGGGACCUACAAAUGCCGUGUGAUUGCUUUCCCUGGUGGUGUGUUUGAGGAAUCCAUACAACUUGAAGUUCAAGAACGUAAGAAGCCGGAGCUGGUUGCUGUUCGAGUCGUCCUGGUCUUGCUGCUCAUCGCUCUCAUGGCUGCCACAGUCUACCUCGUCUUCACCGGAAGGUUUCCAUGGAGACAAAAAGGUCUCCAACAAGAGGAUGUGACCACAGCGGCUCCACAUGAUGAUGUCAUCUAUGUCAACGUCCAGAGAGCAGCAUUCGAUGGUGCUCCAUCGACACAUACUGCUCCUGCCAAUGUUAAUGAGGUCGUGUUGAGGGGCCAGCAGCGCACACAGGAGGAGGAGGAGGAGAUGGAGACGGACCUAUGAGUUCACCUGAAGACCAGUGUUUCAAGACAAUGAUGACAGCAACAUUCCAGUCUGAGACUGGACUACAAUUCACGCUAUAGAGUCAAGUCAAAUGUUCUCUGGUGCAGCGCAACAGCAGCUCAUAACAUUAUGAAACAUUAUAAAAUGCAGUGUGCAGUAAGUUCAAAGGUGCAAUGAGAGGAUCAAGCGGCUUUGACUGACACAUGGAGUGAUG